AUGCCUUCGAGUAGAGUUCAGUCUGAAACAAAGACCUUCGCCAGUGAUCAUGAUCGCGGUUUGAACGGUGUAUCUCGAUUGGGCUCUGACACGAACAACCGCCGCAACAGCGCAAUCUUCAACAACACCCAUAACAACCACAACGGCACCAAAGGCCACCCCAGUAGCACCCUUGGUCAUUCUCCAAACAUGGACGACGGCCGUGUCAAAAACGAGGAUGUCUUUCUCAACAUCGCCAGAUCAGACUCAAGCCGUCGCGACUCGCUGGGUCGUGCGGACUUCAGACGCGUGAGUGGGUUUCUUUCCAUUGCGACGGCGGGACAUGCGUCGGAAAACAAAGCAGAAUUCUUGCAAUUGCAAGACAACUUGGUACCGAGAUUCUCUCACAGCGUUGCUGACAUCAGAGGUGCCACGCAUGCCGAACCAGAACAACAAACCCCUUCCCUCGACCAACGCUUCAGCAACCCCGAAAGCCCCGUGCUUGCUCAAAAGGGCUCUCCCACUAUUCUUGGAGGAACGCACAAUUAUGCCAUCUCAGCGUCUACCUCUGUUCACCCUCUAGACGAUCCAACGCGCUUUCGAUAUCCUAACCUCAACUCUGGAUCGCGAUCCGUGAUCGGCGCGCCGCGCAGCCACCUGAGUCGUGCAAGCCCAGAAACAUCACCCCGUUCACCACCAACGAGAGGCGAGCGCCGAUCAUCGAUCCAUGAACCUCGUCCGAGACGAUCUACACUUUCAACGAGCCGAAAUGGUCGGCUACCGUCCUCUUCAGAUCCCAUUGAACGGGGACCUGAAACUACAGAGAAAGCACGCGAUGGAACCGAAUCAACCUUAUCUACUAAUGCGCCUUCGACCGUCUGGGACGAGCUGGAUGACUUGAAAUCUCGAAUUCGAAAAUUAGAGCUCACUGGCAAAUUGCCUCCAUCAUCGCAAGAAGCUAUUUCAGGUGCCUCUCAGGAAAGACCACGGACUGCGGCGACGACUGUGACAGUGUUGUCAAGCUCUCCUCGACAGCAACGCAAGGCGAGAUCUCCCUCUGCAGAAAAAGCGGUGCAAAAUCCAGUGCAUCCUCUAUUACAAACGGCGAUGACCAAGUCCCAGGAGGUUCUCGCACCCGAAGUGUACAGCGCACUUGAGGCCACGAUCAAGGAUGCUUUGGCCUUGUCUACCAUGCUGGGCGUGAAUGCAGCUCCGUCAGGCACGGUCUCUGUUGUGAAUGGAGGAUUCGCUUCCCCCGAACGACUGGCCCGCCGAAAGGCCGACAGUGUGUGCCGCAGCCUAACGGAGCUUUGUCUGGCUUUGACAGAUAAGCAGCUACGGAGAGAUCGGUCCGCUUCGACAAGUCGCGUGUUGGAGUCGCAUUCAUUGCGCGCAAAUAGCGGCGAAACCGAGUCUUUAGCCGGCAGUUCCGCGUACCAGCGCAUCACGGCCGCGGAGGCCGGGGCUCUUGAGAGGCAACCGAGUACGAGUAGUCGAAUCACCAGUCGCUUGGAAGCCCGUAGACUCUCGCUCAUCAAUACAGGUGUCCCCACUACUGGCGACAGUCGGGUAGCACAAUCGCCCAGCGUAGCUCCUCCACCGAGUCGUCUUCAUCGAUUAUCGGCAUCCAUCCGCAGCCGCAGACUCGCUCAAGACGACGAGUUGGACACGACAAGCCCACUAAGCCGGUCUCUGUCGAGAGCUGUCACCGAGGCAGAGACGUCAAGUCUAGGCCAAAGCACCUCGACCCAACCACGGCUCUCCCUGGGCCGCUCCAUCAAUCGCUCCAUGCCGAAUGCCAUGCAACAAGGACAGCGGGAGCAGGUAGUAGACUUGUCUCCCCGCACCCUCCAGUAUCAGCACCAAGGCUCCGCGAGUGUCUCAUCUCCACAGAGCCAACCUCAAACGCCUACUCCCUCGUCGAAUAUCCCCUACCGACGAAGCUACAUAGCCACGCCUGCUCAAUCGCCUGCAAUUCCCCGGUCCAAUAUUCAGGGGGGAUCCCGCCGAUAUGGCUUGUCAUCUGACUUGCCCGAUAGCACGGCAGGAUCAGUGGUCGAGGGACGUACUCGAUUCAAUGCGGCAGACGUGCCUCGUAAUCGCACUAGCAUACCCCCUGCCAAAUCUGCCGUUACCUACACCCCUGUAUCGCAACCUCGCCUUCGUACGAACAGCUUGGAUACGCGACGGUUCGGUCUCAGACGCCGCUCUGCUGCCACCCCGGAUGAGUCCCUCAACCUGGACGACAGCAUUGACUAG